GGGGGGCCGGUUCACAGUGGAAGUGGGAGUGUCCCUUUCUACGAGGAGACCGCCGGAGGAGACCCACGGUGCCGCACACUGCGGAGGAGAGCGAGCGGGACGCGAACACCGCCGGGGAGCAUGUCACGCACCGAGGGACGCCCGAACCGGCGCCACGGCCGCCCACUGCCUCUGCUUUAGUCCAGCAGACACACGCCACUUAUGCUCUGCGGAACCCUCCCCUGCUGCUGAUUGUGCUUCAUCCCCGUCCCCACCUCCUCCUCCGACUCACUCUGCCCCCCCCCCGCACCUCCUCCCCCUCUCGUCGCCGUCCCGUCGCCAGCAUGGACAAGUCGCUCUGCAGCCCGCAUCCCGUGGACAACGCGGCCAACUCUGCCCCGUCGGACGGCGGGAGCUCGUCAUCGACGAGGAAGCCCGGGAGGAGCGGGUCGCACAGCCCGGGCUCCGGCUCCCUCGGAGGAGGAGGAGGAGGAGGAGGAGGAGGAGGCAGCCGGGGAGCCGUGCUGGGGAACAGCAUGAAUAUACAGCAGCCGCGCAAAAGGCAACUGGAAGGAGUACUGAGCAAAUACACCAACCUGAUCCAGGGCUGGCAGAACAGGUACUUUGUGUUGGAUCCGGAGUUGGGACAGCUGCAGUACUUUGUCAACGAUCAGGGGAGGAGCCAGAAGCCCCGCGGGUCGCUGCCCCUGAUCGGAGCCUCCGUCACCACCAGUGACGAAGCUCCGCACAUGUUCGUUGUAAACUCUGUCAAUGGAGAGCUGUACAAACUCCGAGCUUCUGACGCCAAGGAGCAGCAGUUUUGGAUCACUCAGCUCCAAGCGUGUGCCAGACGUCACUCUGACAGCAGUGCCAAGGUGAGGAAGCUAAAGGGCUCCGAUGAACACCUGAGUGUGGAGAGGGCGGCAGGAGGCCACGAGGUGCUGGGCUCCUCAUCCUCUGGUCGGACCCGUAGCUUCUCCCUCCUCCCCCACCUAACCCCAUCUUCAUCCCCGGGUCCUCAGAGGAACCUGAGCAACGUGGCCUCACCCAGCAACAUUGUCACCAUCACCCACCACAAAUCUCCGGCUGCGGCUCGGCGGGCCAAGAACCUGUACCCGGGACGGCUGCUGGAGGUCAAAGAGGUGAUGUCCCAAGCAGAGGGCCAGCAGAAGAACCUGGUCCAGUCCAUUGACUCUCUGCCCACCAGAGGCCCUCUCUCCUGCCUGGACCAGGACCUGCUGCUGCUCAAAGCCACGUCGGCCGCCACCCUCAGCUGCCUGGGGGAGUGCCUGAACAUCCUCCAGAGGACCCAGAGCCACGGCCAAGGACCACCCCAGUCCCACGCAUCCCAGUGCAACAACGCUGAUGGUGCUCCUGUGUGGACUGUACCCAAGUCGCCCUCGGGGGAGCAGUUGAAGAACGGGGUUCUGACUCCUCUGCGAUCGGCCGAGCCUUCGCCGGACUUAAGGACAAGGAGUCUGUCCCCUGGUGCUGAGCACCACCCAGGGCUGGAAGACAUCGACCCCACGGAGGAGGUGACGGACACGGAGGAUAACGAGGAGGAGGACCUGGGUGUCCUGGAGGACCAGCGGAGCGUCAUUCUCCACCUGCUCUCCCAGCUCAAACUGGGCAUGGACCUCACGCGGGUGGUUCUGCCAACCUUCAUUUUGGAAAAGCGAUCACUACUGGAGAUGUACGCCAACUUCAUGGCCCACCCGGACAUGUUCCUGUCAAUCACAGCGGGGGCCACGGCCGAGGACCGGAUCGUGCGCUUUGUGGAGUACUACCUGACCGCCUUCCACGAGGGCCGCAAGGGUGCCGUGGCCAAGAAGCCCUACAACCCCGUGCUGGGGGAGACCUUCCACUGCUCCUGGCAAGUGCCUCGGGACAAAGUGCGACCUCCGGUCCGAUGCAGCCAGGGCUCCUCGGGCGACGAUUCGCCCGCACAAUGCUACCGGGUUCGAUUCGUGGCCGAGCAGGUGUCCCACCAUCCGCCGGUGUCCGGCUUUUACUGCGAGUGCCGGGAGAAGAACAUGUGCGUCAGCGCCCACGUGUGGACCAAGAGCAAGUUCAUGGGCAUGUCCAUCGGAGUGUCCAUGGUGGGAGAAGGGGUCCUUUGCCUGCUGGAGCACGAUGAGGAGUACGUCUUCACGUUGCCUUGUGCCUACGCUCGCUCCAUCCUCACUGUGCCCUGGGUGGAGCUGGGGGGCAAAGUCUCCAUCAACUGUGUCAAGAGCGGCUACUCUGCCACCGUCACCUUUCAGACGAAGCCCUUCUACGGGGGGAAAGUCCACAGAGUGACAGCUGAGGUCAAACACAAUCCCACCAACACCAUCGUGUGCAAGGCCCAGGGCGAGUGGAACGGCACGCUGGAGUUCACGUACAGCAGCGGCGAGACCAAAGUGAUGGACACCACCAAACUGCCCGUCACCCGCAAGGAGCUGCGGCCGGUGGAGAGACAGGGACGGACGGAGUCCAGGCGCCUGUGGCGACACGUCACCAAGUCGCUGAAGGAGGGGAACCUGGACGAGGCCACGGAGAACAAACACCGGCUGGAGGAGCGACAGCGAGGGGAGGAGAGACAGAGGGCAGCCCACAACCAACCCUGGACCCCCAAAUACUUCACCAAGGAGGGUUCACCCCAAUAAAAGCCUUCCCCUGGUGCAGGGAGACAGUUGGAUCUACAACAGCCCGCUGUGGAAGUCCACCUGACAGCCGACAGACUCACAAGACAAAGAGGAAACAAUCAAGGUGCCAAAGCCAUCUCCACUGUUAGAACCAGAGCUCCGGGGACAAAAGUAGAUUUUUUUGCAUACGGUUAAUAGUAUUACUAUUCAAAGUAGAGUAUUUCUAUUUUUCACCUUGCCAAUGCCUUUGCACAUGCACAGUAAUGCAGUUUUGCCUUUUCUUUCAAGCUUUUAGUUUGUAAAGCGUCAGAAUUGAUUUAUUCCCGUUCCCUAAUGCUACUGUAGCUGUAAAUGAGUGGUUUAUAAAAGCACUUUUAUGGCUUUUACCCAUGAAGUUAGUUCUCUAAAGACAUACUCAAGUUAAACAAAUGUAUUUCAUCAAGUUGUUUGUAUAUUAUUCAGUAGAGUAAUUGACUAGGAAGGAAAGAUGCGGAUUGUUUUGUCUGCACUAUGAAUGUAUUGGGGCACAUUUUCAAUAUUAUGCUACUUUUCCAUCUUCUACUGACACACGUCUCUUGUUAGUACUUUAAUCAUUUGCCACCUCCAUUACUACCUCUUAUUCAGCUACUCAAGCCAUUACUCACUGGUUUGUUUGUACCAAAAUGCUCUUGUCUGAUGGCGCAAUUAGGCAGUCGAUGUUAAUACUUCGCCUUUGGCCCCCCGUGGUGAUGACAGUGGAACAAUCAAAUAAUCAAGCAGAUGCAUUUGGGUCACAAUACUGUGGUGGCCGAGCCUUCAACUAAAUACAACAAAGCAGACAAGACUAAUGGACACUUUUUAGUUUAAUGGUGGAUGAAGGAGGGAUUGUCCACUAAUAAAAAAACCCUUUAUGUCUCCUCGUGCUGUUCUGAACGUCAUAUUACCUCCUCCCACCAGACAAAGCAGGAAGUUGUUGGAGAUCAUUUUGUUUUAAUAAAUGCGCCGAGGUGACAUCAUCGUUGUAAAAGUAAUAAAAGACCAAAUCCCUGUUGAACACCAACGUAGCAAAUAUGCCAUUGACAGCAGUGUAGCUUUAUUGAAAAACACAUUAAGGACUUUACCACAUUCAUCAGCACCUUCUGUUCUAGUGGAAGUUUGCCUACACUCAGUGAGGAGGAGUCUUCAUCCGGAGGCUGAUGCUGCCAUCAAGUGGUUGGCUUUGUGCUCAAAAACCAGAUUACGCAGGAAGAAUAUGAACAUCGAGCAUUUUAGUUCAAAAUAACAAAUUCAACACACGCGUUGUCAUUAAAGUGUAUAUUUAAAGAUGGAACAGAACAGAACAAAGUAGAAAUGUAAACUUUGAAGGAGGGAUAACAGUGAAGGACAGACGGCACUGAGCUACUAAGAAAUGAUGAACUUAGUAAAGGAACCGUGAGGGCAACAAACUGUACAUCACAUUAAGGCUUGGUCCGACUUCUCUUCUCUCAACAAGCGGGACAGUCAGGUUCCAGAGAAGGUCAAAGGGGGAAAAGAUUCCAUUUUUUAAAAUGUGACCCAUCAGCUGGAUGAAAGUUACCGCACAUACAGGAACAUCUGGAGAACCCAGACGAACGAACAGUGCAGUGCCCAUAAAACCAGAGGUCAAAGGUUACGGCUCAACAGAACUGUGUCCCAACUGCAAAAACAAAUGGAAGAUUAUUUAGAAAAACCCACUUAACUUCAUUCAUUCAAAUGUAAUUGUUGUUUAAUCUAUUUUUAACGAGAA